AUGAAGAGACAGAACCAAAGCACAAUCACUGACUUCAUUCUGGUAGGCUUCUCAAACCUGGGGGACCUGCAGAUCCUUCUCUUCAUUAUCUUCUUACUGGUCUACCUGACCACUCUGACUGCCAAUGCCACCAUCAUGACAGUUAUUCGCCUGGACAGAAGUUUGCACACCCCUAUGUACUUCUUUCUCUUUGUCCUUUCCUGCUCUGAAACUUGCUAUACGUUGGUCAUUGUACCCAAAAUGCUCACCAAUUUGUUGGCCACAGUUCCGAGUAUUUCCUUCUCUGGAUGUGCUGCCCAGCUCUAUUUCUUUGUGGGCUUAGCUUGUACCAACUGCUUUCUCAUCGCUGUGAUGGGCUAUGACCGCUAUGUUGCCAUCUGCAACCCUCUCAACUACACACUCAUCAUCAGUAAAGCUGCCUGCGUGCAGCUGGUUCUAGCCUCCAGCUUUUGUGGUUUCCUAAUCUCUAUGGUUGUCAACAUCCUGGUGUUUAGUGUGCCCUUCUGUGCUUCCAAUCGAGUCAACCACUUUUUCUGUGACAUUUCCCCUGUCCUAAAACUGGGCUGCACAGAUACUAACUUGAAGGAAAUGGUCAUCUUCUUCCUCAGCAUUCUGGUAUUGUUGGUUCCUUUUGUGUUGAUCUUCAUUUCUUACGUCUUCAUCGUUUCUACCAUCCUCAAGAUCUCCUCAGUGGAGGGACAGCGCAAAGCCUUUGCCACUUGUGCCUCCCACCUCACAGUGGUCAUUGUCCACUAUGGCUGUGCUUCCUCUAUCUACCUGAGGCCCACAUCCCUGUACUCCUCAGAUAAGGACCUGCUUGUAGCAGUGACCUAUACCGUGAUCACCCCACUUCUCAACCCCCUCGUCUAUACACUGAGAAAUAAAGAAGUAAAGACGGCCCUGAGAAAAGUUCUGAGUAGGUAUUCAUUUCCCAAAACUGUAUAA